AAAAGUGCUAAACACAUUCCUGUAUCUUCCUCUUCAAAGUCAACGUAUCCUGAGUAGAUGAACCGAACGAAGACUCUGUUCUUCCAACAAGGUUAUUGAACCUUGUCAUUUGCUUCCGCUCCUUGCUGCUUUGGUCGCAAGACUCUCUUUUCUAGGUCCUCUCCGUAUACGUACGUACGUACAUCCUCGCCGCCUCUGUUCUCUCUAUAUAUCAACAACCACAAUAGAAAGAAAAAAGGCACAAGUUGGAACUUCUUCUAUAGCUUGAGUUGCUAAUCCUCCAGGGACCAUGAAAUCACGGCGGCAGCGCAAGGAUCGUAAAACCAGCAGGCUUGUUGAGACUGACCAACAACAUUCAUCACUACCUCUCCCAGUCGAACUGAUGAUCGACAUCUUCUCAAGGUUGUCCCUCAAGUCCAUCGCCAUCUGUCGCUGCGUAUCCAAGCCCUGGGCCUUCGUACUUGGCCGUUCUGAUUUCAGGGAUCUGCGCUUGACAAGGUCUCAGGCUCGCCCGCGUCUACUGUUCGCCUUUUGGGAAGGUAACAAGCUCUUCUUCCUCUCCUCACCUCAGCCUCAAAGUCCUGAUGAGAUGUCUGUUGCCGCCGAUCAUCACAUGAGUUUCUCCUUUGAUCAUCCUGUCAAAGAUAUAUCUGCAAGUGUCCAUGGCCUUGUCUGUGUCCGUAUCGGUGGUCAUCGGUUCGUAAAUGGAAGGAGAUUCAAGGUGGAGGAGUCGGUGAUAUGUAACCCCAGCACAGGACAGUCACUUACUGUACCCAGAAUGAAGACAAGGAAGAGGAUUGGGAUAGUACGCUUUCUCGGGUAUGAUCCUGUUGAGAAACUUCACAAGGUUUUGGGAAUGACUUGGAUUCAGUGCGGCAGAACUAUGGAGCAUCAAGUACUGACAUUAGGAGGAGGCACUGAGAAAGCGACAACAUGGAGAAUGGCUGAAUGUGGAGUACCAUGUCCUUGUCCUGAGGGUAGACAGAAUAUAUACAUUAGUGGUGUUUUCUAUUACAUUGAGGCUGCUAGAGAUGGGAGUGGUGAUCAUAAGAUAAUUUGCUUCGAUGUUAGAUCUGAGAAGUACAGCUUUGUUAAGCACCCAAAAAGGAAAUUGUUUCAUAAGCUGCUAGACUGCAACGGUAAAUUGGCUUUAGUACCAAUUGGCAAAAGUUAUUCUUUCAAUAGUGAAACUGUUAAGAUGUGGGUUCUAGAAGACCCUGAAAGACAUGAAUGGUCCAAACGUGUUUACAGAUUGCCCCCUAUGUGGAAAGAUGUAGUUCCACAGGAGUGGUUAGUGAUUGUUGGAGUGACUGGUCCUAAUGAAUUUGUUAUGUCGUCCGAAUAUUCAGCUGACCCUUUCCAGGUUUACUACUGCAAUUUCGACAAAGAAACUGUGACAAGAGUUGUAAUCCAAGGAGUGGGAGCGUUAAGGAGUGGUGGGAUGGGGUAUUCUAUUUACACCUAUCUGAACCAUGUGGAGGAUGUGAAGCUUAUGGAAUUGCAAGGAUAAUUAUCUAAGCAGCAGCAAAGAACUUUGACCUUGUCAGUCUUAAGAUUUUAUGGAGAACCCAUCCUCUCAAAGCUUGUCCAUCAUUGAGGACUUGUGAAAACGCUUUCGGUUGUGUUAUUUUUUUUUUUUAAUUAUACAGGGUAUCCAAACCUCACAGAAGUAGUCCUGGCUCCUCAGUGGCAGGGACUCGAACCCUGAUGGCUUCACUUUAUUGAAUUUUUACCCUCAUAUUAAUCAUUACCAGGCCACAAGCCAUGGUUGAUAGUGUUAUUGUCUAUUGCUCUUGUAGUGUUUUACCUUAUUUCUGAAAUUCCUUAUCAUCACAUGUUUCGGUUAAGGAGCAAAUGAUUUCAAUAAAUAGGAAACAAAAAAUUAUCGAGUUCA